AAAAGUUGCAAACGUCAAGAUGGUCAACGAACUUCACGUUGUACAAAAUUAUACAAGACAACAAAUAAAGGUUCUACGCGUUCAGUCAUCAGAGGGAACAAAGCGUAUAGAAGUGCUAGCUUCCGAUACACUUUCUCAACUUUAUGAAAAGGUAUACGAAGCCUUUGAUUUAAAUAGUUUUGGAUUUAACCUCUGUAAGCAACGAAAUCAGAAAGAGCCACUUACAUCUACUCGGAGUAGAACAGUCUUAGGAACUGGUCUUUCCCAUGGAGACAUGCUUUAUCUUGUGCCAGCCAAUGGCACCCAACUGUGGAGCGCUCCAUCAACCAGCAGUGCCUCCAAUAAUACUUCUACAGAACCAGGGCCAAUUGAUUCUACAAAUGGAAUUACAAAUCGCACAUCUGGUCUUUCACGAUCUCUGACAAAUGUAGUUGAGGAUGAUGUUGAUGAGCAAUUAUGGAAACUGGAUGGAAAAAUCCAACGUAAACGCGACGAAAAACUCUGUCGACACGGAGCAAGAGGAUGCUGCGUGCAUUGUUCACCUCUGGAACCUUUCGAUGAGAUUUACCUGAAGGAACAAAAUAUCAAGCAUCUAUCCUUUCAUUCACAUCUCAGGAAGCUCACUGCCGGAGUUGAUAGGGGCAAGUUUAUACAAUUAGACGACAUAAGCUGCCGUAUAAAGACUGGCUGCAAGGAUCAUCCGCCAUGGCCGCGAGGGAUCUGCAGCAAGUGCCAACCGAAUUCGAUCACUCUAAACCGCCAGACUUAUCGACACGUGGAUAACGUCAUGUUCGAAAAUGCUAGUUUAGUAGAACGUUUUCUUAAUUACUGGCGUAGCACUGGACAUCAGCGUAUCGGUUAUCUAUACGGAAGAUACGAAGUACACUCGGAUGUCCCGCUAGGAAUUAGAGCAGUCGUUGCGGCUAUAUACGAGCCACCGCAGGAAAGUACAAAAGAUACGAUAAGACUUCUGCCGGACGAGAGGGAAGCGUUAGUCGAGGAAUUAGGCCGGACACUUAAUCUGAGGAGAAUCGGAUGGAUUUUCACUGACCUCAUAGCCGACGAUAUCAAGAAGGGAACGGUCAAACACGUUCGCAACAUAGAAAGCCAUUUCCUAUCUGCUCAAGAAUGCAUUAUGGCUGGGUACUUUCAAAACCGGUAUCCAAAUCCUUGCCGCUUCUCGCCUAAUGGUUAUUUCGGCUCAAAAUCUGUAACAGUUUGCGUCACAGGUGACGAUAAAAAUCAAGUACAUAUGGAGGGCUAUCAAGUAUCCAAUCAAUGUAUGGCGUUGGUUCGAGAUGGCUGUUUGGUUCCUACAAAAGACGCACCGGAAUUGGGCUACGUAAUCGAGUCGACCGAUAAGCAAUACGUUCCGGAUGUCUUCUACAAGGAAAAAGACACAUACGGGAACGAAGUGACAAGAUUAGCAAGACCUUUGCCAGUAGAAUAUUUAUUGGUGGAUGUACCUGCAUCCACACCGCUUACUCCUCAAUUCACUUUCUUCACAGAUGACAACAUCACUCCAUUUCCAGUUGAAAACAGACAAGUUGAUGGACAAGUUCAGGAGUUUAACGCAUUAUGCACUUAUAUGCAGCAAUUCAAUGCGGAUCAAUUUUUGGAAGCAACUUCUGACUUCCACUUGCUUCUCUUUAUCGCCACCAUGGACAUGUAUCCGAUGAAGGAUCACAUGUUACCAUUACUCGAAGCUAUUCGCAAUAAAGAUAAAGAGAAGGCAUUGGAGUGGGCCCAAUCGGAGCAUUGGGCGACAGUGGAGCAGCUCAUAUCCGCGGCCUCUACAUCGCCACGUCCUCUGCAAACCAUGUCCUUUGGUGGUAGCUCGAGGACGUUGCCUUCCGUGACUGCAGAAGCCAGUGGAGUAGGCGUUGGUACAGAGCCGAUUGCGAAUCCGCCUCCGGAUCAAGCUCUCUGGACAUGUUCUCAUUGCACUUUUCUCAAUGCUGCGGACUUAGCAGUUUGCGAGAUGUGCAAUCUGCCAAGAGAAGAUGUCGAGGAAUAUGAUGAAGAAAUGAUGAGAGAAUUGUUUUAAUAAUAAAAUUGUUUACACACAUUUAUAAGUUAAUCAACGCUGCUUCAAUUAUGAAAUUUAUG